AUGGAUACUUUAGUUUUAGAACCUGAUCAUCCGAUGAUGGAAAAAUUUCAAAUUGCACUUAAAAAUCAUCUUUUAAAACAAAUCGGUAAACUUGACGAACAAAUAUUUGAAAUGAAUCUAGAAAUAAAACGAAAAGAAAAAGAAAAAGAAGAAACGGGCGUUGAAUUAUACACUUUUCAACAAGAAAUUUUCCGACAGCAAAAAAUAUUAGAUGAAUUCGAUGCCGUUAUGGAUAAUUUAAUAAAGGAAAGAGAAACAUUAGAUAAAUCUGUUAAAUCUAAAAAAAUUACGUGGAAAGAAGAAGUCGAUCGGUUAAAUUGUGCUAAGAAAAAAGAAAUGGUAUUGGCUCAAGAAUUUAAAAAAUUAUCGACGAUAGAAAAACAAAUGGAAGAAUGGGAAAAGGAAAUGGAAUCCGAAUUGACGAUAUCUCAAAGGAUAAGUGAAAAAACAGCUGCCGAUAAGAUAAAAUUAGUAGAUGAAAAAAGAAAAAUGGAUAUGUAUUUGCUUAAAUUAAUGCUUUCCGUAUCGCAUUUCGAAACCGAACUUAAAGAAGUUUCCGGCGAAAUAGAUUUAAAAUUAGAAGAAAAAGAUUCGUUGAGUCAAACACUCGCGGAUUCAUCCGCGGAUUUACACGCAUUAAUGUCCGAACAAAGUCGUUUAACAUCAGCUUGGAACAGUGUUGCCAUAGCGAUAAAACAAAAAAAUAACAUUUAUCUCGAAUUAAUGAAAGAAUUAAAGCAAGUUAAUAAUAAUUAUAAAAAUACACAAGAUGCGUUUCACUCGUUAAACGUCGAAAUAGAAAGUUAUAAAAAAUCAUCGGCGGAAGAAAUGAAAAAAAAUGAAAAAUUAGUCGUGAUAAUAGGAAGAGGAGAAAGAGAAUUUGAAAAUGGGCAAAUAACAUUGAGAACACUAAACGAAAAGAAAAUAAUAGCGGAAAAUAAAAUAACGGCAACGGCAGCCAUGAUAACAAGAUCGGAAUACGAGCUGACAACUCUUAAAGCCACGAUAGACAAAAUCCAACAGGAACUUAACAGUUUAAAAAUACAAUAUGAAAAAUACGUGGAAGAACAUAACAAAAUUCAAGAUGAAUUUUUAAAUUUCGAACAGGAAUUAUUAAUAAACGAUAAAACGGUUCAUCAGUUAACAAAAUUAAUAAAGGAAACAUUAAAGAAAAACAGAGCUCAAGAAUUUUCAUUAAUAGAAUCGGAAAAUAAAAUAUCGCAAAGGUUUCUUGAGGUUGAAGAACUUAAAGAAAUUAUUUUUCGAAAUAAUGAAAUUGUUAAAGAAGGAAACAAUGAAAUAACUCUUAAAGAAGAGGAAAUAAAAACACUUGAAGAUGAAAUAGAAAAAUGUCUUAGUGCCAUAAUACAAAAACAAGGAAAUUAUGCAACGCUAACGAGAAAAAUAGAAAAACAAAUACAGAAAAGCGAUUAUGGUAAAGCGUGGGUGAGUCCGUCACAACAAAGAGUUUUAGAAUUGGAAAAAAUAAAUGCCGAAAUCCAAGCUAAAAAUGAUAAAAUGCAAAGUUUUUGGUUAAUACAUCAAAAUAAUAAUGUUAAAUUAUCUGAACAAAGAACUGAACAAUUAAAAGAAAUCAGCUUGUUGAGAAAACAAAUUUUACUAUUCGAACAAAGAUCUCUUAAAACGGAAAGAGAAUUACAAAAGGAAAAGGAAAUAGAACACGAAGUUAAUAAAACGAUAAGUCAUCUUCAACAUAAAUUGUUGGGACUCAACGAAAUCCUCGUCGGUAAAAAAGGUUAUCGUGAAAAUUUGGGAAAAGAAAAUGCUUUGACACAAUUACAAUUCGUACAAAAUUUAAAGGAAUCGGAAUUGGAACAAAUACGUUUGAAAGAUGAAAUAAAAGAAUUGGAAAAUAAUUUGGAAGAAUUAGCGGAAACCAUGUUAUCCACUCAAAGGGAAAUAUUAGCGUGGGAAAAAAAAAUCAAAUCGGCUGUAGAAGCUAAAAAUGAAGUGCAAAGACAAAGAUCUUCUGCUGGAGAAUUGGGACAAAUGAAAGUUGAAAUUCAUAGAAUGGAGGUCAGGUACGGACAAUUGAAAAAAGUACAAGAAAAACUAAUAACCGAUCUCGAACAAUGCGUUUUAAGAAGGGAUUCAAUUUUGGACAACGUCAAUGCAAAGGAAAGACGUAAUUUAAAAAAGGAAAACAUAAGAUCGGUCGUGCAAAAAAAAGUGGAUUUGUUAAAAAAUCAACUCCGAACCGUACACAACGAAAUAAAAGGGAUUCAAACAGAUAUAAGUAACAUACAAGAAGGUCAAGAAGAUUUACGAAAGACGAUACAAAUGAAAGAAAAUACUCUGAUGGAAAUGAAAGAAACUUCUAGAAAAAUAAAUUUAAGAUUAGAAGAAGGACAACUUAAAAAAUGUUUGAAUUUGGAAAUAUUGAUCAGGCGACAGAAAAAAUGUAAAUUAUACGAUUUGUUGAAACAUGGAAGAUAUAAACUUUUAUUUAAAAACGAACAAUUACUGGAUAAUGAAAUCCAAAAGGUCAAAAAUAAAAAUCAAGAUUUAAUAUUAGUCAUGGAAUUAUUGAUACAAGAUUUUCCCAAUUACGGAUUUCAUUUGAAAAAAAUUAAAAAUACAUUUCAAGCUCCACCAUCUUAG